AUGCUGCAGAGUGAUAACUCUGCAGAGGGCUCAAGCCAUGAACCAAACCCAAACGCUAAUGUGAACAGAAGUGAAGUGUCGAAACUGACCCAACUGACCAAGUUCCGGGACUACACCUGCUCCUUCUGCUUCAAAUCUUUCUCAACAGCACAGGCCUUAGGAGGUCACCAGAAUGCUCACCGGAGUGAGAGAACGGAGGAGAGGAGACUCUAUAUCAAGGACCCCAUAGAUUAUCGUAACCGUGCCUUUCUCCGGUCAGUUAAACCUCUGAAAGUUGUCCCACCACCAGGUGUUUGCUACUCUAAGCUCAGCCUGCAGAUGGUUAAACCUGCGGCGGUGCUGCCUGAGCCAGAGGCUGAGACGCCCCCAGGGCUUCCACCCUCGACCCAUCUCAGUCACAGACCAAAUUCUCUGUAUGGGCAUGGGGAGAGUCCUUCCAUGGUUGGACCAAUGGCCGGAAAUGAGGUUCCAUACAGAGGUGUUCAUGGUUAUAAUCGCCAUGAUCAGCCAUAUCUCCGGCAAGUUUAUCAGAAACCAGUACCGUCCAUUGAUCUGAAUCUGGUUCCAAAGAGAAAAGUGGAAGCUGUGGUAGGAGGAGGAGGAGGAGAUGGUUGCAUUGAGGUCUAUUAUGGAGAGUCAAAACCUGGGGUCUUCAAUGGUGGCAAGGAUGAUCAUG